GAUGCGCACUACGUGUCGCUCAAACUAGCUGUUGGUGAGUAGAGUUAGUUGAGAGCCGCGACGGCGAGCGCGAGUUUGUUGUCCGGCCAGUUCAUCUGGAUGUGUGCACACAGCAUUUGUUACAUACAAAAAAAAAACAGGUGCAUAUCCAUCCGCAGACUCGAGCCGUGUUUCUCCUUUCAUUAAAGUUCCUGCCAUUGGAACUCCUCAGUUGAGAUUCUUUUUUCGGUGACCGGCAAGUUCUUCUCCACCGCGACGAGACCAGGGAAGACAAAAUAAAGAUGGAGACGGUGUGGGCCAGAGACCCGGAGGAGGGUUUCAUCCUGGGCCACGUCAACGAGCUCAUGGACGACGCCGCCGAGAUCAUCCCUCUGAACUCCAAAUUUCCGAAAAGGGUCUGCUCCUACGACGACAUCUUCCAAACCGGCGAUCACAACAAGGAGUACGAUGAUAACUGUGAAAUGAUGUUCCUAAACGAGGCCACGCUAUUGAAUAACGUGCGAAAAAGAUAUUACAAGAAUAAAAUUUACUCGUAUGUAGCAAAUAUCCUGAUAGCAGUAAAUCCUUACAAAGAUAUUCCGGACAUGUAUACACCGCAGACAAUAAAGAAAUAUCAAGGGAAAUCAUUGGGUGAAUUGCCACCGCAUGUCUUCGCCAUUGCAGACAAAGCGUUCCGAGAUAUGCGAGUACUAAAGAAAUCGCAAUCGAUCAUCGUUUCCGGCGAGUCCGGAGCGGGAAAAACGGAAUCCACGAAGCACCUGCUUCGUUACCUGUGCGAUUCCUGGGGUGCCGACUCAGGUCCCAUCGAGCAGAAGAUAUUGGACGCGAAUCCGGUGCUAGAGGCAUUCGGCAACGCCAAAACCACGCGCAACAACAACAGCUCCAGGUUCGGAAAGUUCAUCGAGGUUCACUUCAACAACAAAUUCCAGGUGGUGGGAGGUCACAUCUCGCACUAUCUCUUGGAGAAGUCGAGGAUCUGCAGCCCGGCAGCAGACGAACGCAGCUAUCACGUUUUCUACAUGCUGAUGGCCGGAGCCCCGGAGCACAUCCGUCAAAGUCUGCAGCUCACGCAACCGGACAAUUUCAACUACUUGAAGUCUUCUUGCACCAAAUACUUUACGUCCGCUGCAACUGAAAAGAAACUGUCCGCAAUUCAGAAGAGCAAAGCGCAUUCGUCCAGCGGACCGCUGAAGGAUUCACUGUUAGACGAUGUCGAGGAUUUCAAUGAUUUGGACAAAGCUUUAGGCCGCUUAGGACUGAACGAUGUCGAGAAGAUGCAGAUAUACGGAAUGGUUGCUGCAGUUCUGCAUUUGGGAAAUGUCGAAUUCGAAGAGAAUCCGGAAGACACCAGAGGCGGAUGCAGGGUUUCCCAUGGCAAUGAAAAAGCUUUGGUCAUUGCCUCGAAAUUGUUGGGCAUAGAUUCCAGCGAACUGAGGCAGGCUUUAGUCUCGAGGGUCAUGCAGAGCAGCAGGGGAGGAAUGAAGGGUACCGUUAUUAUGGUUCCUUUGAAGAUUCACGAAGCUCGCAACGCCAGAGACGCUCUUGCCAAGGCCGUGUACAGCAAACUCUUCGAUUACAUUGUCAACAGAAUCAACCAAAGCAUUCCGUUCCAAGCAUCCAGCUAUUACAUUGGCGUCCUCGACAUAGCUGGCUUCGAAUUCUUCGCGGAGAAUAGUUUCGAGCAGUUCUGCAUCAAUUACUGCAACGAAAAGUUCCAGCAGUUCUUCAACGAAACCAUCCUUAAAUUCGAGCAAGAGUUGUACAAGAGAGAAGGUCUCAACGUUCCUGAAAUUAAAUUUGUCGAUAAUCAAGAUUGCAUCGAUUUGAUUGAAACCAAAAACAAGGGUAUCUUGAACUUGUUAGAUGAAGAGUCUAAACUGCCCAAACCGUACUACACACAUUUCACUUCCGAAGUUCAUAAUCAAUGGAAGAAUCAUUUCCGAUUAGCGUUCCCCAGAUCAUCGAGAUUGAAAGCCCACCGAAGUAUCAUCGAUGAGGAGGGUUUCUUGAUCAGACAUUUCGCUGGAGCCGUGUGCUAUCAAACGAAACAUUUUAUUGAGAAGAACAAUGACGCACUGCAUGCUUCAUUAGAAGGAAUAGUGCAAGAGUCAUCCAAUUCAUUGAUUCAGUCACUUUUCGCUAACGCCGAAACGCAAAAGGGAAAAUUGAGCUUCAUCAGCGUAGGCAGCAAAUUCAAAACUCAAUUAUCCGAAUUGAUGGAUAAAUUGCAGAACAAUGGAACCAACUUCAUAAGAUGCAUCAAGCCUAAUAACAAAAUGGUGGAUCAGCAAUUCGAUGGAGGUUUGAAUUUGAUGCAACUUAAGUGUUCCGGAAUGACCAGCGUCUUGGAACUCAUGGAACAUGGAUAUCCAAGCAGAACGCCGUUCGCCGAACUCUACGAAAUGUACAAAACAUAUCUGCCACCUGAACUGAGAUCGUUGAGGCCCAAAAUAUUUUCCGAGUGCAUGCUUCACAGUUUGAGAAUGAAACCCAAGGAUUACAGAUUCGGUAUAACAAGGGUCUUCUUCAGACCCGGGAAAUUCUCCGAGUUCGACCGCAUCAUGAAGAGCGAUCCGGAAAAUCUUAAAUCCGUUGUAUCGAACGUUAAAAAAUACCUGGUCAAGUCCAGAUGGAUUAAGUCACAAUUCGCUACUCUGACUGUUAUCAAACUGAAAAACAAAAUUGAGUAUCGUCGAAACGCACUGAUCGUCAUCCAGAAAACGGUUAAAGGUUAUUUGACGAAGAAGAAGCACUCGCCUCGGAUCAAAGGCAUUACCAAGAUCAAAGGUUUAGACUCUAAACUAAAGCAGCUGGAGAUGAUCUGCUCCCAAUUGAAGAAAGAUAAGGAGAGCAGUAUGAAGGAUAUCGGGGCUUUAAAUGAUGAAGUGAAAAGCGCAAUUGACAGGAUUAAGAGAGAUGAUAAAAUUGGUGCAGCCACCAUUGAUGGUUUAUGUGAGCAGUUACUGGAAAAAGUAAAUUGUCAAAUGAAUUCGCUUCAAAAGAAGGUGCAGGAACAGAAGAACGCCGAGGAGCAGGAAAGGUUACGCAAAAUCCAGGAGGAGAUGGAUCGCGAGAAGAAGAGGAAGGAAGAGGAAGAGAUGAAGGUACGCGAGGAGGAGGAAAAUAGAAAGAAGAAAGCUGAAAUGGAGAGCAGGCGUAAGAAGGAGGAAGAGCAACGGAAAUUACAGGAGGACACAGAUAAAAAGGCAGCUGCACUGUUGCAUGCCCAGCAGGAGAAAGAGGCUCUGGAUAACAGAAAGUACCAGGAACAAUUGGAACAGGAGAGGCAGGAUCACGAAUUGGCUUUGAGAUUGGCGCAGGAGAGCAACGAAAAACUAGAGGACAGUCCGCCAUUGCCGCGCAACGGAAGGAUUCUGGACCCGACGCGGCAAUCCCAAAAGCUCGUAAGAUCGGAUGCCAUUAAGAACCAGCAGGCAGCUCUGAGCAAGGGCAAAUAUGACCUUUCCAAGUGGAAGUAUUCGGAAUUGCGUGAUACUAUAAAUACGUCUUGUGAUAUUGAUCUGUUGGAGGCUUGCAGACAUGAGUUCCACCGCCGCUUGAAGGUUUACCACGCGUGGAAGGCAAAGAACCGCAAACGUACCACCAUGGACGAAAACGAGAGAGCGCCGAAAUCGGUGAUGGACGCGGCGCAGAAGAGUCCUCGCGAUCAACAAAAGUCUGUGCUCUCCGAAGGAGGACAAAGGUACUUCAAGAUACCUUUCCUCCGUCCGCCAACGAUCACUUCCAGCCAAGAUCAGGGCAAGAAGGGCUGGUGGUUCGCCCACUUCGACGGACAGUACGUCGCCCGUCAAAUGGAACUGUACAACGACAAACCAUCCGUGCUUUUAGUUGCUGGUAAGGAUGACAUGCAGAUGUGCGAACUAUCCUUGGCAGAGACCGGAUUGACUAGAAAAAGAGGUGCGGAAAUUUUGGAAGUAGAAUUCGAUAAGGAAUGGAACAAUCACGGCGGUAUGACAUACAUUCGCCCCGCCGACAGAAAGCAGUAGAGAAUCGCAUUUAUAUAAUAUUCUUAUGUAAUUCAGGAAACUGAAAACUAUACAAACACACACACACAAAAUGUUAUUAUAUAUUUUUUUUUCUUUUAUUUAAUAUGGGGGCUUUCAAUUCCACUUCAGGUUAUCAACAAAAAUUGAGUAUAAUAUCAAAAAAUAAAAAAAAUCUAAUGUUAAUUGCAAUGCACAGAGUAUAUGAUAUAUACAAUAUUUAUUAAAUGUUCAUUAAACUAUUUUCAUUUGUUCUUUUAGUUUACA